AUGUUGUCUGAGAACGCCCCUCUCGAUGCAUCGCAUUCUGUCCAAACGUCUCCUCAUGCUAGGGCGAAACGAAAAAUCGCCGCCCUCAUGGAGGAAGUCGACCUUUUGAAGCAGGAUAAAGCCACUAAGCAAAGGAAGACAAUCUAUUAUAUUUCACAGGGACGAGCAAUUCGCCGUAUGGUGGCCCUUUACAGUCCUAUAGAGGAUCUAAUCGCCGAAAAUGACCGGCGCUGUGAAAAUGAUGAUGAGUACAGUGACUUCACUCCGGAACAAAACCGCCUCCAACGUGGCUACAUUGAAUUCGUUAAGAUAUUGCCGUGGGUUCACGAGAAGCUGUCAAGUCUUGACCACGAGGAGUCGGAAGACAUGCUUCGAAAGCUCAGGCGAGGCGCAGACUCAGCUCGUGGUGACGACACGGGAACUCUCAAAGAGCUCAUGGCGUCAUGGGUCAAUAUCGAAUGUAAUCCGACCCCUCUCAUCAGGACGGAUGACAAGCAUCAUCGAGGUUUUGUGAGCGACGCAUGCAGUAAACUGCUCUGCCCAGCGGAAUGGCGCUGGGGAGACCCAGUCAUCAGGGCUGGAAUUCGUGACCGUACGACCUCCUUCAUUGUAUCUGAGAAUUCAUGGCCAACGUUUAUGUAUGAAAACUACCAAGCUGACGCCAAUAAUCUAGAACGUGGGCUUUUCAAGUCGAAGCUGUUGGUUAUGGGGUUCAAGGCUAUCUUUACCUCUCCAUCCUCUGCCAACGAAGCCGAUGGCGACGGCGAUGGUGCAAACAUCAUUGAAAAUAACCGACGCGCACGGAGACGAUUGGAUCAGGUCAAAGUGAAAACAUGUAUCCGUUUUGCACUUUCCAAUGUCUCCUCUUGGCGCGCUGUAGACGGAGACUUUGAUUAUCAGAUUUUCUGGGACAACAUCGUGGAUUUCUUUGAGGACGCCCCAGGUCCAGCAGCACGAGCCAGGGUCAAAGAGCUUCUUGAAUGGUGGACUCGAAAGGUUUUCGGAAAAAACCAUUGCGAGGACUUGACGAUGGACAUUGUUUCCCGAAUGUCCGUCAGCGCUCUCGCUGUCCAGAGACAGGAGAUGGAGAACGCUGUAUUUGACUCUGAAUAG